CUUUUCUUUUUUUACUUUACUUCUUCAACAAUCAUUGUUAAACAUGGCAGCUCCUCUUACUCACCCUAGCAUCCAAGACGGUUGGUUCAUGGAAAAGUCCACUAUGUGGCCUGGUCAAGCAAUGGCUCUCAAGGUUGAAGAAAUUCUUCAUGUUGAAAAGUCCAAGUUCCAAGACGUUCUUGUAUUCCAAUCUUCUGAUUACGGUAAUGUUUUGGUUCUUGAUGGUGUUAUUCAAGCUACUGAACGCGAUGAAUUCUCUUACCAAGAAAUGAUCACUCAUCUUGCUAUGAACUCUCACCCCAACCCCAAGAAGGUUCUCGUUAUUGGUGGUGGUGAUGGUGGUGUUCUUCGUGAAGUGAUCAAGCAUGAAUCUGUUGAAGAAGCUGUCCUUGUUGAUAUUGAUGAAGCUGUCCCUCGUGUUUCUAAAAAGUAUCUUCCUAACAUGGCUAUUGGUUUUGAACAUCCUAAUGUCAAGGUUCAUAUUGGUGAUGGCGUGGAAUUCUUGAAGGAUAAGGUCAAUCAAUAUGAUGUGAUUAUCACCGAUUCUUCGGACCCUGAUGGUCCUGCUGAAGGUCUUUUUGGUGCUGAAUUUUUUGAACUCUUAAAGAAUGCUUUGACUGAGAAUGGUGUAUUCUCUACUCAAGGUGAAUGCAUGUGGCUUCAUUUGCCUUUGAUCAAAAAGGUUCUCAAAUUCUGCAAGGGUCUUUAUCCUAAGGUUGAAUAUGCUUACACUUGUAUUCCUACUUAUCCUAGUGGUCAAAUUGGUCAUGUCCUUUGUUCCAAGAAUGCUGAAACCAACUUCCGUGAACCUCUUCGCAAGUUUACUCCUGAACAAGAAAAUAAUAUGUUGCGUUACUACAAUUCUGAAAUUCACAAGGCUGCCUUUGUUUUGCCUCAAUUCGCAAAGAAAGCUUUGAACGAAGAAUGAUUAGGAAUAGAAUUAGAUAGGUUGUAUAUAGUCUUUCCUUUUUAAUAAAACUUUAUUUUUCAUUUUUUUUUUUGUACCA